AUGACAGAAAUGCAAAUCGACACCCCUUCCAUCGACGAGAGCUUGUACUCGCGGCAGCUCUACGUCAUGGGAAAGGAAGCCAUGCUCAAGAUGCAGAACGCCAAUGUCUUGAUUAUCGGCCUCAAGGGCCUCGGCGUGGAAAUCGCCAAAAACGUGGCGCUUGCAGGCGUCAAGUCGCUUUCCUUGUACGACCCGCUGCCUGUGGAGCUCCACGACCUUCUGACGCAGUUUUUCUUGCGCGAGGAGGACGUUGGAAAGCCCACUGCCGACGUGACACGCGAAAAGUUGCUGGAGUUGAAUCUGUACGUUCCAGUAACGGUUUUGAGCGAGUUGGCCGACGCCGACGUGGCCCGCUUCCAAUGUGUGGUGGCCACCAACGCGCUGUUGGAGCAGCAGGUGCGCUUGAACGACGUCACGCACGCCAACAACGUUGGUUUCAUCGCCACAGACGUGCGUGGUCUUUUCGGCCAGUUGUUUGUGGACUUUGGCGACUUUACCGUCAUUGACCAGACGGGCGAGGAGCCCUUGUCGGGCAUUGUGUCGGACAUUGAGCCCAACGGAACUGUGACCAUGUUGGACGACAAUCGCCACGGCUUGCAAGACGGCGACUAUGUUCGGUUUUCCGAGGUCGAGGGCAUGCCCAAGCUCAACGACGGCACGCCGCGCCGCGUGGAGGUGUUGGGCCCUUACGCGUUCAAAAUCUCCAUUGACGACAGCUUCGGCACCUACGUUAAGGGCGGCUUGUACCAGCAGGUCAAGAUGCCCACCACGCUCCGCUUCGAGCUGCUCCGCAAGCAAUUGGCAGCGCCCGAGUUUCUCCACUCGGACUUUGCCAAGUUCGACCGGCCUCCGCAGCUCCACGUGGGUUUCCAGGCGCUCCACGCGUUCAAAACCCGCCACGGCCAUUUGCCUAGACCCUACAACGAAGAGGACGCCAACGAGACGUUCAGAUACGCGCAAGAGGUGGCGGCACAGCUGCCGGGCGUGGUCGAGGGCGACUUGGACGAGAAAAUCAUCAAGGAGUUGGCGUACCAGGCGCAAGGUGACAUUCCGGCCAUGACGGCUUUCUAUGGAGGUCUUGUGGCCCAGGAGGUGUUGAAGUGCUGCCUGAGCAAGUUUGGCCCCGUCAAGCAGUGGAUGUACUUUGACCUGUUGGAGUCUUUGCCUGAUGCAGAGGCGUUUCCCCGCAAUGCUGAAACAUGCAAGCCUCGUGGCUCCAGAUACGACGGCCAGAUUGCCGUGUUUGGCGAAGCUUUCCAGCGCAAAAUCGCUGCGUUGCGUGUGUUUUUGGUCGGCUCCGGUGCCAUUGGUUGCGAAAUGUUGAAGAACUGGGCCAUGAUGGGCUUGGGCUCGCAGGGCAAGAUUGUCAUCACCGACAUGGACUCGAUCGAAAAGUCCAACUUGAACAGGCAGUUCUUGUUCCGUCCUAAAGACGUGGGCGGCCAAAAGGCCCAGAUUGCCGCCCAGGCGGUGGUGCACAUGAACCCAGACUUGGAGGGCAAAAUCGACGCCCGCUUGGAAAAAGUCGGCCCAGACACCGAACACAUUUUCGACGACGACUUUUGGAACGGCUUGGACUUUGUCACCAACGCCUUGGACAAUGUUGACGCACGUACCUACGUCGACAGACGCUGUGUUUUCUUCAAGAAACCGCUUCUUGAGUCUGGAACUUUGGGCACAAAGGGUAACACGCAGGUUGUGAUCCCCAACUUGACCGAGUCGUACCUGUCGUCGCAGGACCCUCCCGAAAAACUGAUUCCUUUGUGUACAUUGCGUUCGUUCCCCAACAAGAUUGACCACACAAUCGCCUGGGCCAAAUCCUUGUUCCAAGGCUACUUUGCCGACUCUCCAGAAACUGUCAACUUGUACUUGAGCCAGCCAAACUACGUCGAACUGAACUUGAAGCAGAACCCUGACAUCAAGGGCACAUUGCGCAACAUCGCUGAUCUUUUGAACAAUAGACCUUACUCGUUUGACGACUGUAUUCGCUGGGCCCGCAUACAGUUUGAAACCAAGUACAACCACGAGAUCCGCCAGUUGUUGUACAACUUCCCUGAGGAUGCUGUGACUUCGACUGGCGCGCCAUUCUGGUCUGGACCAAAGCGGGCUCCUACACCUUUGGAAUUCGACAUCAACAACCCAGACCACCUCAACUUCAUCAUUGGUGGUGCUAACUUGUUGGCUUACGUCUACGGCUUAAAGGAGACCAAGGCAACUUUCGAUGACUACAAGAAGGUUUUGGAUACUGUCGAAGUGCCUCCUUUCGAGCCAAAGACAGGCCUCAAGAUCGCCACAAACGAUGCCGAGGCCGAGGAACAAGCAAAGUCGCUCUCCGGCUCUCUUGAUGAAGAGGAGAUUCGCCAGAUUGCUGCAUCCUUGCCUGAACCAUCGACUUUGGCCGGCUACCGCUUGACCCCAAUCGAGUUUGAGAAGGAUGACGACACCAACCACCACAUUGAGUUUAUCACUGCUGCGUCUAAUUGCAGAGCUUUGAACUACUCGAUUGAAACCGCAGACGCCAGCAAAACCAAGUUUAUUGCCGGAAAGAUCAUUCCUGCCAUUGCCACUACAACUGCUUUGGUUACUGGCUUGGUUUGUCUUGAGUUAUACAAGGUUGUGGCUCAGCACAAGGACAUUGAAGUGUACAAGAACGGUUUUGUCAACUUGGCACUUCCAUUCUUUGGAUUUUCCGAACCAGUGCGUUCGGCCCGCGGAAAGUACAACGACAAGGAGUUUGAUCAAAUCUGGGAUCGUUUUGAGAUCCACGGUGACAUCACCUUGCAAGAGUUGCUCGACCACUUCCAGGAGAAGGAAGGUUUGGAGAUAUCUAUGUUGUCCUAUGGCGUCACUUUGUUGUACGCAUCUUUCUUCCCACCUAAGAAGUUGAAUGAGAGAAGACCAAUGAAGAUCACGCAAUUGAUUCAGACCGUUAGCAAGAAGGAGGUGCCUGCUGGCACCAAGAACUUGAUUCUUGAGAUCUGUUGCGACGACAAGGAGGGUGAGGAUGUUGAAGUGCCAUACAUCAACAUUAAGUUGUGA